AUGAUUUUUGAGCAAAACCAACAGGUUAAGUGCUCGGGAGAAGUCACUGGCUGCCAGAGAUGUCAGGGGACCGGUACAACCUGCGUCUUUCCGGAGCGAACAAAGCGUGGCACCAAGAGGCAAAAGAACUCGGCGCCAACCGUCGGUCAGGACGGACGCAAGAGCAUUGCGGGCAGUGAGAUGGUCUGCAGCAAUGGGGAGAGUAGCAGGAGUAGAGGGACCAGCAGCUCUAUCUCGUCUGCGUCUACCCGCGACUCGCACCCUUUUGCCCCCGUUGCCACGACCUCUGAGUUUUCGCCGACUCUGGACUUUAGUCCGUCUGAGUUUUCAUUGCACUGCGCUGGUCUGGCGGAGAACUUUACUCUUGAUCUCGAACAGCUCAACUCUACGCUCGGAGACCUCAGCAGCCUGGCUUCAAGCAGCAGCAUCUCGCCCUCACAGACCAAUCCGUUCUGUGUAGCGCCACAAAGAACCCCGACAAGCACGGAAGGCCCGUGUUUGAGCGACAGCCCCUCGACAAAUGACGGAGAGCUCUGCACCUGCGCCCAGUCUGCGCUGCACAUGCUCGAAGAGCUCGAGCUCCAGUUCCACACCAGGCUCGACGUCUCCGGCGACGGCAUCCUCGGCUACCAGAAGAUUGCCCUGGCGCGCCUCAACGCCUGGCUGUCCUGCGACCACGGCCAGACGCCACGGGCGACGACCAAGCUGAUUGUGCUCGUCAUCGAGGGCCUCUCGGUGUACCUGGAGAGAGGCGUGGCGGGGUGCGUCCGUCAGAUGCGACAAGAGGUAGAGGAGGAGGAUGAUGACGAGAGCGGCACUUGUGCGCUUGCGGCGAGGCUCUGCAGCGUGGGGGACUAUCAUGUCGAGUCGAAGCAUGAGUGGGCGCAUAUCCUGCGGGUGUCGCUGCUGGUGCGGUGCAGGGAGUUGCUGGGCGCGGUGACACGGCUGAGGAAGCACGGCGUCAAUGACGUGCUUCUGCCCGGUGUUGAGCAGAGGCUGGGCGGAAUCAUACAGGAGUUGAAGGGCUGGGAGGAUUAUCUGUAG